AAUGAGGGAAAGCCCCUCGCAAGGACUGCGUUUCCAAACUUGCAGACAGGACAGGGAGCAGUAAAGGAAGAGUUCCCGGGAAGCCCUUUAAAUUGAAAGGAAAAGAAGCAGGGCUGGUGGCAGAGAGGUGUGCCAGGUCCCAGGCAGCCCUACUGGCCCCUAAGGACAUAGAGUACCUGCUUCUGAGAGGGCUGCCAGGGUGGCCACCGGUGAAGCCUGUCACCCAGAACUGGAUGUACCUGGCUUUCUUCAUAGACCCAUCUUCUGCUGGGACUGAAGCUGACCCACAACAGAAGCCGGGUAAGCCCUUGGGAGAGGAUGGCCCAUGUGGGGGACUACACGCAGACGCCCUGGCUCCCCGUCCUGGUGGUGUCUCUGAUGUGCUCGGCCCGAGCGGAAUACUCAAACUGCGGCGAGAACGAAUACUACAACCAGACUACGGGGCUGUGCCAGGAGUGCCCCACUUGCGGGCCAGGGGAGGAGCCCUACCUGUCCUGUGGUUACGGCACCAAAGACGAGGACUAUGGCUGCGUCCCCUGCCCGGCGGAGAAAUUUUCCAAAGGAGGCUACCAGAUAUGCAGGCGCCACAAAGACUGUGAGGGCUUCUUCCGGGCCACCGUGCUGACGCCGGGGGACAUGGAGAACGACGCCGAGUGUGGCCCUUGUCUUCCUGGCUACUACAUGCUGGAGAACAGACCCAGGAACAUCUACGGCAUGGUCUGCUACUCCUGCCUCCUGGCGCCCCCCAACACCAAGGAAUGUGUGGGAGCCACUUCAGGAGCUUCUGCCAACUUCCCUGGCACCUCGGGCAGCAGCACCCUGUCUCCCUUCCAGCAUGCCCACAAAGAACUCUCAGGCCAAGGACACCUGGCCACUGCCCUGAUCAUUGCAAUGUCCACCAUCUUCAUCAUGGCCAUCGCCAUCGUCCUCAUCAUCAUGUUCUACAUCCUGAAGACAAAGCCCUCUGCCCCAGCCUGUUGCACCAGCCACCCGGGGAAGAGUGUGGAGGCCCAAGUGAGCAAGGACGAGGAGAAGAAAGAGACCCCAGACAACGUGGUGAUGUUCUCUGAGAAGGAUGAAUUUGAGAAGCUGACAGCAACUCCAGCAAAGCCCACCAAGAGGCUCCUGUCCCUGCACCCUGCCAAAUUCCCUGGGCCUUCCUCCUUAACAUCCGACUUCCUCAUGCCCCUUCUCCAGACUGGGAGGACAGAACAUAAGCCAAGGAUGCAUGCAGCAGCCCCUAUGACUGCUGCUGCAGCCAACACACCAGUACCACUCGCGGCGGUGCCACCAACACACCAGUACCACUCGCGGCGGUGCCAGUACUGCUGCCACCGCAAUGCUGGACAGUGUGGAACCAGCCCCUGCUCUGAAAUCGAGGGAGGAGGGAAGUCAAUGUUCUAUUCAUCCAGUGGGAUGGUCAUUUGGACUUGGUCCCGCGUAGCUUCCAAAAAUCAACCCCACAGCACGAGCUCCCAGCCUGGCAAUGUGCCUGGACUCCGCUGCCAGCCUCUGCCCCACGGCCACUGCAGGCUGCGCUGGAAGGACACCCCCACAACAGUGCCUCCCUUGGCAGAUGGGGCACAGAGGCCACCAGAAGGUCACCAAACCGGAAUUUGUGGUCUAAGCCCCAUUGUGCCUGACUGGCGGGAGGUGCCAGAUCCAAGCUGCUGCUCCCGGGACCCAGGGCAGGACCUGGUCACCCUGCAUGGAUGUCUUAGCCCCACGGAGCUGCCAUUUGAUUGCCUCGAGAAAACUAGCCGAAUGCUCAGCUCCACGUACAACUCUGAGAAGGCUGUUGUGAAAACGUGGCGCCACCUCGCCGAGAGCUUCGGCCUGAAGAGGGAUGAGAUUGGGGGCAUGACAGACGGCAUGCAGCUCUUUGACCGCAUCAGCACGGCAGGUUACAGCAUCCCUGAGCUGCUCACAAAACUGGUGCAGAUUGAGCGGCUGGAUGCUGUGGAGUCCUUGUGUGCAGACAUACUGGAGUGGGCGGGGGUUGUGCCACCUGCUUCCCAGCCACAUGCUGCAUCCUGA